CUCCUGAAACGGUUUGACACGGCACGGGUGGACAUAGUGGAAAGGCUACCCUCGCCCUUCGGCCUGGUGCGCACGGGAGUUGCCCCGGACCACCCUGAAACCAAGAAUGUGAUCAACCAGUUUACCCGUGUGGCCCAAAAUCCCCGCUGCCAAUACUUUGGCAAUGUACUGGUCGGCCCUGUGGCGUCCACGUCAGCACCAUCAUCCUCCACGUCAGCAUCAGACCCGUCACCAUCUUCAGAUUCACCAUCACCAGCAGCAGCUGUGACGUUGCACGAGCUGCGUCAGAUGUACCAUGCUGUCAUCCUGGCGUAUGGAGCAGAGGGCGACCGCGAUCUCAAUGUGCCUGGAGAGCACCUGAGAGGAGUCUUCUCUGCCAGGGAGUUUGUGUGGUGGUACAACGGCCAUCCCGACUAUGCCAAUCUUCCAGUGGACCUCACCUCUACUGACACCGCCGUUGUCAUUGGCCAGGGUAACGUGGCUCUGGACGUGGCAAGAGUGCUGCUCCGACGGCCGUGCGAGCUUCAACCCACCGACAUUGCAGAGCAUGCACUGGAGGCACUGGCGAGCAGCCAAGUCAGGCUAGUGCAUGUGGUGGGAAGGCGGGGUCCGGUUCAGGCCGCCUGCACUGCCAAGGAGGUUCGCGAGGUGCUAAAGCUCGAUGGCAUUCAAGUCAUGCUCAGGCAAGAAGACUUUGCUCUCACUCCUAUGGAUGAGAGUGAGCUCAAGGCAAGUCGCAGCCACCGCCGCGUGUUUGACCUGCUCUGCAAAGCAGCAGCUCCAUUUGCGUCAACACCAGCAACACGACCAUCACCAUCACCAACAGUGAUUGGUAGCAGCGAUCGCCGUGAGCUGGACUUUGUCUUCUUCCGCUCACCUGUGGCUGUGCUGCCAGGAGUGGGCAAGGCGACAGGAGAGGGUCUGGCGACAGGAGGAGGAAAAAGAGCAGAUGGGAAAGGAGAAGCAGAGGAACGUGUUGGUGCGAUUCGAAUGGAGAAGAACGUACUCACGGGGGACUUCAGGGACGGGCCAAGGAGAGCAGUGGGGACAGGGGAAACUAGCGACCUGCCUUGUGGGUGGGUACCAGAGUGGGUGAUUUUGUUGAAUAGAGCGAUGCUGCUAUGCCAUCACUCUGUACUUGUUGCUCCCUCCCUGCCCCUCCCCGCCUACUGCACUGCCAACCUUUCAAUACUGCCGCACUCUCCAUCUGCUGAAGAUCAUACUGCUCAUUGCUCUCUGCUGUCCCCCUUCUGCUCCUCCUCUUGUCCUCUCUGUCUCCUGCUCUUUGCCAUUUGUGCCGAACUCUCCCCUUCACCUCCCCUGACCCCCCUCCCAGCCUCAUGUUCAAGAGCAUCGACUACCGUUCCCUGCCCAUUGUUGCCAUGCCAUGCCAUCCAUACUGUACUCUCCGUCCCCUCCCCUCCUUUUUCCUAG